GCUGCAAGCAUUACCAUAAAAAUUAAGAAGCUCUUAAAGAAUCAGAAUACAAUAGCAGAAGUUUUUGGACAAGUUGUGGCCAGACAUCCUCAAAAGGCUGCCUUCAUCUUUGGACAGAAAACAUGGACAUUUCAAGACGUCGAAGAUUAUUCCAACAGAGUUGCAAAUUACUUCAAAUCAGAAGGCUACAAAAAAGGAGACAAAGUGGCUCUAUUUCUGGAAUCAUGCCCAGAAUUUGUUUGUUUGUGGCUUGGGUUAUCUAAACUUGGUGUANACAGAAAACAUGGACAUUUCAAGACGUCGAAGAUUAUUCCAACAGAGUUGCAAAUUACUUCAAAUCAGAAGGCUACAAAAAAGGAGACAAAGUGGCUCUAUUUCUGGAAUCAUGCCCAGAAUUUGUUUGUUUGUGGCUUGGGUUAUCUAAACUUGGUGUAAUAACUGCCCUUAUCAACACCAACCUUAGACUUGAUUCACUGUGCCAUUGUAUAUCUACUGCAGAUGCCAGGGCAAUAUUGUAUGGAUCUGACCUAGCAGGUAAUAAUUUGCUGAAGUAAAUGCUCAUGCAGUGCUUAUCCUUAUCCUAUCCUUUGUUUUCUUAAGUUCAAACCAAGGAUAAACUGAAACCACCAUCUUAAACUUGUGCUCGUAUCAGCAGUUAUCAAAGGAGAUUGAGGCCAUUCUCAGGGAAUUUUGAGGGCAUAAUAUCGGAUUUGUUUGGAAGGGUUUAUACCACACCCCCCUUGGGGAUGUCACGCUAACGAUAGCUACAUGUACACAGUCUGAUUUAAGGUAGAUAUGUAUUGCCUAGCUGCCAAACACAGGCCUUGUUUUAUGAACACACAUUAUUUCCUGACCUUAGCAGGUUGCUAUGGGGAAAUUGCUCCUUCCCAUUCAUGGGAAAAUUGUGUGAACCUGUGAUAACAAUGAGUUAUUGGUUUCAUAAACUGUGUUCGUCAGGUCAUCCCACUGAUUAAAAAAUGCUGAGGUUUUUGGUUCAAAUUUUGUUGAAGGCCAGUAUUUUUCGCAGGCUUCUUUUUCCAGUUCCUUGAAUUGCGUCAAUCAUUUGGCAUAUGGGUAACAAAGGUGGCAAAUUAAAGAAACAAUUAGAGAACUCAAACCUCCCACCAGCGUAAUCCAGGGCCAAAUCCCAGUGCCAACUUCAUUUGUAGUUUUCUUUUAUUUGUUUUCUUUCUUGCUUUCUUCUGGACUCAGUUUUCCCCUCUUCUCAAAAAUCAACAUUUCUAAAUUUUAAUGCCAGAAGGGUUAAAAGUAGACAAAGAACCACCAAGUGGAUUAUUUUGCCACCAUUCAUUACAUAUUAUGUCCAUUUUAGGUUUGCUGUUCUGGUGAAUUUUUUUUGUUAGUAUGGAGAGUUAACAUGCUAUCAAAAUUGUAAGAUUCUAGGCUUAAGGAUUCAAGUUCACUCUUGUAUUGCAAUAGCAUCUUCAUAUGUUAGUACAUUCCUAGGAUGGUGAUACUUUAUGCCUUAGUACUGCAAUAGCUUUGUUGUACAUUAGUAUGUUCAUACGCUGGUAAUACUAAGAAAGACUACUUUAUGCUAUAAUGCUUCCCAGCAGAAUAGAUAAGAACCAUCGAACUGACUUAAAUUUUUGCACAUUUACCUUAUAAUAAUAUUUUUGUUGCAGUUGAUAUAAAACUAGCAAUAAGUACAUUGUUCAGGCUCAUUUAGUCAAAAUUGCGGUGUCUUCAAACCUACAAAUGGGCAUGGUAUAAUUGAUUAUAAUAAUGAACCAGUCUUAUAUUGUCCAGUUGCAGUGAAGGACAUUCGCAAUCGGAUGCCUGAAAAAAUGCAGUUCUACUGCUUAGGAGCUGUUUCUUCCUUGGAUGACACACCAGUCAGCUUGAUCAAAGAACUAGAAACAUUUCAACCAAAACCACCUGAUGUUAAUCCCCAAAACUCAACUACAAGUAAAGGCAAGUGUUUUUUGUAACAAGCAAAAUACCUGAUUCUUAUAUAAGAUCAACAAAAUGAUAAUGAGUAGUUCCAGAAAAUAUCCAUUCGCCCCACACUUUUGCUUUAAACCCCCCACUUCCCUGGAAAGGGGGUACUUUUCAGACCCUCCCCCCCACCCCCUGGAAUUUCCGUAAUUCUCCAACUUGGUUAGGCACCCCCUGGAAAGAAUAAUUAUGUCAAAAAUGCUGUUGCCCUAUUCUAUAAUGAGAAAGUUAAUUGUUUUUGCGAUGAAGAGAGAAAAAAUCCUUUCAUUCAUGUUAGUGCAGUGUCUAAUAAUCUCAAUUUUGCCCUGUUAAGGUUUUUUGUUAUUAAUUAAAAAUAAGUCACUGAGAAACAUGAAGGUCAAUGCCUUACACAACAAAAAUGAUGCCAUCUAUAACUUAACACCGAGUGGACUUCAAUUAUUGCUUCCUUUCAGUUAAAAACAUGUCAGAAGAAGGCUUAGAACGGGAUAACAUUAUGGUGAAUACCACAAUAUAUUGUGAAAUACUGUUACAGCUACAUAACCAGAAGUUUAUUUAAUGAGCCAGUGACAACUAUCUAUAGUAUAAGCCAUGAAAAAAAACUAUUCUGUUGAACUUUAAUAAAAUGUCAUCAAUGAAAACAACAAUUCUUGUUUUAAAAGAAGAUGUUAACAGUAAAUUAACUGAUAGCUUGCUUGACAGAGCAGCUGUUAGUUUUUGAUAACUCACCAGUCUUAGAGCCCCCUACCCGCUCAGUAAUUGCAUUGUUUUACCCCCCCCCCCUUCCCCUCGGAAUUUUCGUUGCCCUUAGUGGGGGGUAUGUAAAAUUUCUGGAACUACAUAUAAUACAUAACAAUUGUAAAGGACACGUAGGACUCAUUCCACAUAGUCAGACCUUUAUUAUGUUGCCACAAUUGGGGAAUCACUAAUGUACAUAAACAUUAAAAAACACAUGUCAAAUCUUAAAUAUCCUGUCAUGUUAAAUUUUAUUUUACUGCUACACAGCUUUUUCAGUUUACCUGUAUUUUGUGUGUUUUCAUUCAGUUGAUUUUGUGAAAAUAAAUAUGCCUUUUAUUAUUUUGUGACAAAAAUUAAUGCUUGAAAUAUUUUAUUUCCUGUUAGAUGCUUUAAUGUAUAUCUACACUUCAGGAACAACUGGAUAUCCAAAGCCUGUUGUUAUAACUCAUCAAAAGUAAGCAAUAUACACUACAUAAUAGUGACGACACGACCCCCUCUGGCUCCUCCACCACCCUUGCUGCUGAAAAAACAAUGUAAGAAAUAUAAUAGUAAUGGUUAAGGAAACCACUAGUUAAGAUCUGGAACUUUUGGCAUGGGUCUUUUAAAAACUGUAAAAAAUUCCUCAGAGCUGCAAAUUUCUUUUCUAAAGGUGUCCGUCAUCUUGGUCAUUGUGUUGUUGACAGGAGAGACUUGAGGGACAUCAAAUUUUUUAAUGCACAAAUCAGGCACUUAAAUAGAGUGUCAGUAAAACUUGAAUUUAAUACACAUUAGGAAUACGGUCGAUCCUCCGCAUGCAACCAUCUCAUGUAAGUGAAACCCUUUUACAUUACAGUAACUACAACCCCCACUAAAUGACCACCCCUCAUAAGUGACUACAACCACUUUUUCACCUGAUGGUUUUAUCAUUUCCCACUGUAUUACAACCUCUUGAAGCAACCACUUCCCCACUUUGUUCAUAUCAUGUACUACACUGCUCAGAGUAUACGAAGAACUUUCAGUGACAAAGUGGAACAAAACUUGUACGAACUUUAGAAUCGAUUUUAUUAGAAAUUGCAUGCAAUAAUUGAUCUUCCAAAAAGUAUACCUGUCUGGACCUCUUUUGGAAGAGAGAAGAGACUCCCUGUUUGUUGAUUCUUUUAAUCAACCACCUCCCAUAAUCAACUCCCUAAAUCUAGCCUUCGCAUUUUUUGCUUAGAAAACUCCAUGGAAGGGUUUAUAUGACGUUUUCUAAGCAUAACUGGGCUACGAUCUCAGAGACAAUUUGCGCCGAAAUGCUCAUUUUUGGCAAGUAGGCGUCUUGAACAUUGUUCUUUCAGAAUAUCCUGACAAAUCCCAUAAUUUCAGAAAUUUCAUUUUUAUGACGUCAUCACUUUAGUACUCUCUAAACCUCACUUUUUCUAAGCACAAUAUAUACGUGGGUGUCUUUACCGCAUCAACACAAAGAAUCCUUUGCAAACAUUUGUACGUAAAUUUUUCUUAUGAAAUAGAAAUAUGGGAUAAUUAUGUUGUGGUUCAAUUUUCUCCCUGUUUAAAUUUUAUUUUCCUUCGUUUUUGGGUAUGUCAACGGGGGAUAAUGAGUUUGAAAUAAAACAAUGUAGAACUUUAACCUCAGCCUGAGAAAACAGCUGAAAUUUUGUGACGCUACCGUUGACUCCCUGUGGAAUUAUAUUUAAGGAAAGAAGUACAGAAAUUUCUUACUGUUGAUGCAUCACUACCCAUAUCUGGGUAGUGCCUCUGGUUGAUUGAAUGACACUUUCACCACUGUGCAUGUUAUGUCAUCAGUAUGGAAUUUCUGCACUCACUCCUCAGGCAUCAUUUCACGGGUUAGCGAUAUACCAGGGCUUAAAUUGAACAUUUGAUACUUCCAGUUACUGUAAAUCAACUAGCAAAUUUACCACCAUGAAAUACUUAAAUUUUGAUGUUUGUUUUUAAAGUUUCAUCGCAGUGGGCCUCAUUGGUAUUUUUUUCCGUGUGACACCAGAAGACAUCAUAUACUGUACAUUGCCGCUAUACCACACUGCUGGUGGAGGUCUUGGAGUGGGAUCCUGUCUUGUCCAGGGAAACACAUUAGUGCUAAGACGCAAGUUUUCUGCCAGCAAGUUCUGGGAUGAUUGCGUACAAAACAAGGCAACAGUAUGUGAAGCAGUUUGUGAUUUUCCUUCUUUUGAUGAUUAACUGUCGUUACAAAUGGUUCCCAAUGAUAUAUUUUCUUUCAAUGUUCCAUCUUCAUUUUCAAGGGUGUGAGUUGUUCCUGCUGCUAAAUUGGAAUGAUUGUUAUUUAUUUUAAAAUCUAAUUAACUUUGUUUUUCCAGUCUUUCUCAACUUUGUGAGAGCAGCCUAGAAGGGUUUUCCUGUUAUCAAAUUAUGAUCUUUUCUCUUAGCUAUGUUCACACAAGCAAAUUUUCCUUUAACUUUAGUCAGUUGAAACUUGUUCGCAUAAAUUAAGGAACACUUGAGAAGGAAAUUGAUGAAAUAUUAAUUUUAUCUCCUGUUCAUACAUCAAAGGAAAAAUAGGCUUGACUUCGUAAUGCUUCUGUAUGUAGCCAACGUGCAUGGUGUUUUCUUACAAUAAAUUGCUGCUUGUAGUAGAGUGACACAUGGCUUUGAACAGCCAAUUUGAAAAAUGGUUGAAGGUUUUUAUUAGAAGCCAGUCAGUUGUAAUUUGGCCAAAUAAAAAAAAAACAAUUUUGGCUCCUUUAUGAACUAUUCACACAUCUUUUGCUUUCAGGUUAUUCAAUAUAUUGGUGAGGUAUGUCGCUAUCUUUUGGCUCAGCCUUAUUGUCCUUCAGAGAGGCAGAAUACAGUGCGUGUUGCAUUUGGCAAUGGACUGCGGCCUCAGAUAUGGAAGGAAUUUCAGUCACGCUUUAGUAUUGAGCACAUUGGGGAAUUUUUUGGUGCCACGGAAGGAAAUGUUGGUUUGUUCAAUACUGACAACACACCAGGGUCUUGUGGUUUUGUGUCAGUGAUUGUGCCAGGAUUGGUUCCUUUAAGUCUGCUCAAAGUGGAUCCCUCAUCUGGUGAAUUAAUUAGAGGUGAAAAUGGUCUGGCCAUCCCAGCGGGUCCCGGAGAACCUGGCCUGGCUGCUGGAAAGAUUUCAAAAGGUAGCUUUUCAAGUUCAUGAACCUCACUUCGAUGGGUUUCCGGUUUCUUUAACAUUGCGUUUCCUUAAAUAUGAAUAAUUCUUGCAUUUAUUCAGUUCAUUUUUGGAUAGUCUUCUCCUCAUAGCCUUGAACUCUUAUUAUAAUUCAUUUGCUAUAGUUCUGUGCUCAUGCCAAAACAACUAAGCUGCUGCACUGCAUGGUAACAAUCAUGGAUUAACUUGCAAUUAUAUACAAUCAUUGACAUCUAAGUGACUUAAAUCAAUGAUGGCAAUAUUUAACAAUUAUUCCUCGAGCCCGAAUGGGCUCUGAGUCAACAGCCUAUGAGGCCGAAGGCCAGAUAGGCUAUUGACUCAGGGGCCACAAAGGCUGAGGAAUAAUUGUUUUAGUAAAAUCCAACUAGUUGGUCAAAAGUAUCGAGACAAAACAACUUUAGCUAGCAAAACGUGAUUCAGCCACCAUUGUUUUGGUUUUCAAAGCUGGCUCUUUUCGCUACCAGUGGGCUAUAACAUAUGCCCUAGUAGUAGCUCAACCAAUCAGAAUGCAGCAUUGGUAACAGACCACUGGUUUGAUUUUACCAGAAACUCAUAACGGUUGAACAACCCCUUAUGAGUUUCUGAUUUUACUAAAUAGAUUUAGCCUAGGCUAAAGGCGAAACUCCCAUUAAUAAAUUUAUAAUUUACUUCAAACAAUAAACUUGUAUAAAUAUUGCAAAGAAAUUAAUCCACUCGGAGUUGAGCCUGCAAUCAGUUGAAAACGUGUAACUCGUCAGCGAAUGUGUUAAUAAAACACGCAACCUUAAUGGGUCAACACCUGAGCGCGCAAUACAGUCAUGUGAUACUGGUCAACAGAUAACCUGCUUUCAUAGCUGUCAGUUUACCACAACAUGGAUGUGCAAUAUCAGGUUGCAGGCUCCCACACUAGAUAGAAAGUGUGAGAUUUCACAUUGGUCGCCUUCUGGUGCAGACAAACAGAUGUACUAACAGACAUAUGGCCAUGUGACUACCAAAUGUUCUUAGCUAUGGUGCUAGUUAUGAAGAAUUAGCCUGUGGAUUAAUGCCAAUCAGAAAUGAAAUAAUAAUUUUGAAAUAAUUUUUGAAAUAUUAAUUCCAUAUACUCAUGAUAGUUAACAGCAUUUGAAAUAUUAAUAGUUUUUGAAACAUUAAUUCCAUAUACCUAUGAUAGUUAACAGCAUUUACAUGUAACAGUAACAACAUAUGACUAAAAUCACUAAACAAAUAAACUCCAUCUAGGCCCCUUACAAAAUUCCCAUGAUUAAACUCCAAUGGGGUUCAAGAUUGAAAACUGAUUGUAGUUUGGGCUGUUGAAAAAUUCAUUAUAGCUGAGAAGAAAUUUGCAAAAAUGUGAAUGAAAUAUGUAACUUGAUUCUUAUCUUUGUUGUUUCAGACACCCCAUUAAGAGAAUAUGCAAACACAAAUGAAAUGUCAAAGAAAGUCUUCUGUGAUAUUUUUCAUAAAGGUGAUGCAUAUUUUUUCUUUGGUGACCUUCUUGUCAAAGACGAAUAUGGUUAUGUUUACUUCCACGACCGCACUGGCGAUACAUUCCGCUGGAGAGGUGAGAAUGUGUCCGCUACUGAAGUGGAGACAACAAUGAGCAAGAUACUUGGUCUGCGCGAUGUUGUUGUGUAUGGAGUUCAAGUUCCAGGUACUGAAGGAAGGGCAGGAAUGGCAACUAUUGUUGAUUCAGAAAGUGACAUUGAUCUGAGCAGACUUGUCCAAGGUCUGAAUGAGCAAUUGCCGCAUUACGCUCAUCCUCGUUUCUUGAGGAUUGUUGACAGUGUUAGUGUUACAGGAACAUUUAAGUUGCAGAAAAACAAAUUGAAGGAAGAAGGUUUUGAUGUUGGGAAAGUACAGGAUAAACUGUUGUAUUAUGAUUUGAAAGAAGGGCAAUAUCAAGUUUUAGAUGAAGAGAAGUAUGCCCAAAUCAACCAAGGAAAAAUCAGAAUGUAG